UCAGCUGAUAUUGUGACGUCAUUUCCGCUUCCGAUAGUACAACAACAAGAAAGGCCAAGAAGAAGAACGAGGACCAGACGACGUUCCAGAAGUUUGGACAGAAAUCCCCACAAACUCCUCACCCACAGAUGAGGUUGUUUUAAAGGGGGAACCGCCCCCCCCCCCCCCCAUCCUGUGCACAGCAGUGAUUCUGGUUGUGAGGCAGCAUGGAGAGGAUUUGAGAGGUUCCUCCUCAGGUGAGACCUGAGUAAUAAGAGCUAUGGACCCAGGGGCAGCAGAUCGCCCUGUCACCCUGGUCAUCAAGGCCCCCAACCAGAAGUACCAGGACCAGACCAUCACCUGCUUCCUCAGCUGGACCGUGGAGAAACUGAAGAAGCACAUCUCCAAUGUGUAUCCCAGCAAGCCCCGCUCCAAAGACCAACGUCUGGUUUACUCGGGAAAGCUCCUGCAGGACCAUUUCCAGCUCAAAGACGUGCUCCGGCAGCAGCAGGAUGAUUACUACAUGUUACACCUGGUGUGCAACUCUCACACCCCCCCAGGGUCGCCUGUCCCUCAGAGGACCUCCACCGUCAACACUGCAGACAUCAGCAGCUCAGAAACGGCAAACUCAUCUUCUGCCGCUGCAUCACAUUCAGACAGUCUACCAUCCUCCUCUUCCUCCAUCCCAGUGGGGCAUGGUGAGCUCAGGCAUCGUGGUGUCCCCUCCCCGCUGAAUCCUCCUCAGACGCCUGCUGGCGCCCCUCAGUGGCCUCACGGUGCUCAGGUGCCUAUGCAAGGCGGCCAGAUGUUCAUGCCCAUGCAGAUGUUGUGGUGGCAGCAGAUGUACGCCCAACACUACUACAUGCAAUAUCAAGCAGCGGUGGCAGCAUCUCAGCCCCCCACCGCCCCGCCCCCGUCUGUGCAGCCGCCACCCCCCCACCCCAACGAAGCCGUGCAGCCGCCCUUGGGGCCCGCCCCGGCUGCCGCUAAUCCCCUGCCGGAGAACCCGCCGCAGGCCAACGCCAACAUUCAGAUGAACGCGCAGGGCGGGGCGGUGCUGAACGAGGAUGAGCUAAACCGCGACUGGCUGGACUGGAUGUACACGCUGUCCCGUGCUAGCGUCCUGCUGAGCAUCGUCUACUUCUACUCUUCCUUCAGCCGCUUCAUCAUGGUGGUGGGCGCCAUGCUGCUGGUCUACCUGCACCAGGCUGGUUGGUUUCCCUUCAGGCCACAGGAGCAGAACCUUCAAGGAGCUGAACAGGCGCAAGCUCCUCAGGAAGAAGUGCGGCAGCAUCAGGACAUGCAGGAAAUGGAGCGUCUAAUGGAUGACGGUGUGGAAGAUGAAGACAGCUCAGAGGAAGGAGUACAAGAGGACCCCACACAGGCGGCCCCCGCCCUCCCAGAGCCCAGCUUGCUUACCACCGCCUGGUCCUUCAUCUGCACCUUCUUCACCUCACUCAUACCCGAGGGACGCCCCGUCCAGGCCAACUAGACCACCCUUUCCCCUCCUACUCAUCCUCGUUAGUCCUUUACACCUCAACACGUCACACAACCUGACGUACCUUUUAAUUACUGAGUCACAGCAGUGAACUAUUAGACAAUAAAUCUUAGAGCGCUUAAGCGGUGAAGGGUUGCUUUUGAUCAAGAGAAGCCAGAGCGACGUGUCUUCUAUGUCAAACUUGCUGCAGAAUGGAAAGUGGAUGAUGACAUACAGGUUGCAUCAUGUUUGCAUAUUUAAGGCUAAAAGCUCUAUUUACACAUGUAACUAAAUCUUUCUUUAAUUCAUACGUGUACAUUUUUUUGGAAUAAAAAUCUUUCUUCCUGUG